CCGACAAACAUAGCUCAACUCGCUGAAAUCUUGACGGAUUUACAAACGGSUUGUGCAGAACUGCACCACAACAUGCCUGACUUUUGUGCAGCUUACAGAUGUUCCAACAGCCGCAGCAUCAAAACAAGAAGCCGUGGGAUCACCUUUCACCUGUUUCCCAAAAACAGAGAGAGGAGGCAGCAGUGGGAAGCUGCUGUGAGGAGGGAGGGUUUUGUUGCCUCUGAAAGGACACUUCUCUGCAGCGAACACUUCAGACCUGAGGACUUUGACAGGACGGGGCAGACGGUCCGGCUGAGAGACGGUGUUGUGCCGACACUUUUCAGUUCUCCAGCUCAUCUUCAAACGCUGGAAGCAUCCAGAAACACAAGCUGUUCCACAGACGAGCUGCCGCUGGACUUGUCUAAGAAAAGACCUGAGUCUGAUAUUUUGCCAAAGCAUCAGGACGCCGCUGAAGUGCAGUCCACUGACCACUCGUACGCACUGCCUACUAGUCCUGAAGCUUUGUACGCCAAACUGAAAGAAGCCACAGACAGAGUGAGGAAACUGGAGCGGGAGAAGUCCAUCGCCUUGGCAAGAGAAAGGAGGGCCAGGAAAAACUGCUUAAUAUUUGUAAUACGAGAGGAUUGCCACACAGAUAUGCAUGAUGUCAUCAAUAAAACAAAUCCGUAGUUUUAUUUACUCACA